AUGAUGCAGAACAAGACUUUGAUGUACUGUAGAUCAGUGGUUCUCAACUGGUUUUUGGUUCGUGUUUCGUACCUGGAGAUCUACAAUGAGGAAGUGCGAGACUUGUUGGGAAAGGAUCAGUUGCAGAGGCUCGAGGUGAAAGAGAGACCAGAUGUCGGCGUGUACAUAAAAGACCUCUCUGGUUACGUUGUGAACAAUGCCGACGACAUGGACAGGAUUAUGACUAUGGGCCACAAAAAUCGGUCUGUCGGUUCCACCAACAUGAAUGAACACAGCUCCCGCUCCCAUGCUAUCUUCACCAUCACCAUCGAGUGCAGUGAGAAGGGAGUAGAUGGAAACCAACAUGUGCGCAUGGGGAAACUUCAUCUGGUUGAUCUUGCAGGCUCAGAGAGACAGGGCAAGACUGGAGCCACAGGUCAGCGUUUAAAGGAAGCGACAAAGAUCAAUCUCUCUCUCUCCACGCUGGGUAACGUCAUCUCUGCCCUGGUGGACGGCAAAAGCACACACGUGCCCUACAGAAACUCCAAACUAACCCGUCUGCUGCAGGAUUCCCUGGGAGGAAACUCCAAGACCAUGAUGUGUGCGAAUAUAGGCCCUGCGGACUAUAACUACGAUGAGACCAUCAGUACCCUGCGUUACGCUAACAGGGCUAAAAACAUCAAGAACAAAGCCAGGAUCAAUGAGGAUCCAAAGGAUGCCCUGUUGCGCCAGUUUCAGAAGGAGAUUGAGGAGCUAAAGAAGAAACUAGUGGAAGGUGAAGAGAUCUCUGGCUCAGAAGGCAGUGGAUCAGAAGAGAUGGAUGAAGGUGAUGACGAAGGAAGGGGGGAAGGAGAAUGCCGCAGGAGAAGAAGAGGUAAGAAGUUGUAAUUAAUGCUCUCUGUGUGCA